UCAGGCUCCAAACUCCUAAAUCUCCUCUCCACCUUCUCGGGAUCGUCCCUUGGGAGAAUCAAAGGAUCAUGAGACGCUGGGUGGCCGCCUGGUUUCUGCUGUGUUUCAGCCUCGGAACCCCACCAUUUGCCAGAGGAGAUGUGUGCGACUCCAACCCUUGUGAAAAUGGAGGCAUCUGUCUGUCAGGGUUGGAUGAUGAAUUCUAUUCUUGUGAGUGUCCUGAUGGCUUCACAGACCCCAACUGUUCUAGUGUUGUGGAGGUUGAACUGGAUGAAGAAGAACCAACACCAGCAGGACCAUGCAUUCCUAAUCCCUGCCAUAAUGGUGGAACAUGUGAAAUUAGUGAAGCAUAUAGAGGAGAUACCUUCAUAGGCUAUGUCUGCAAGUGCUCAGAAGGUUUUAAUGGAGUCCACUGCCAACACAAUGUGAAUGAAUGUGAAGUCGAACCUUGCAAAAAUGGUGGAAUUUGUACAGAUCUUGUAGCUAAUUAUUCCUGUGAGUGUCCAGGUGAAUUUAUGGGAAGAAACUGCCAAUACAAAUGUUCUGGGCCAUUAGGAAUUGAAGGAGGAAUCAUUUCAAACCAACAAAUUACUGCAUCAUCCACUCAUCGGGCUCUUUUUGGGCUCCAGAAAUGGUAUCCUUACUAUGCACGACUUAACAAGAAAGGUCUAGUAAAUGCUUGGACUGCUGCAGAAAAUGACAGAUGGCCAUGGAUUCAGAUAAACCUGCAAAGGAAGAUGAGAAUCACUGGAGUUAUAACCCAAGGUGCUAAGAGAAUUGGAAGUCCAGAAUAUAUAAAAUCAUACAAAAUUGCGUAUAGCAGUGAUGGGAAAUUAUGGGCAACAUACAAAGUGAAAGGCACAAAUGAAGAUAUGGUGUUCCAUGGAAAUGUGGAUAAUAAUACACCUUAUGCAAAUUCUUUCACCCCACCAAUAAAAUCUCAGUAUAUUCGAUUGUAUCCGCAAGUUUGUCGAAGGCAUUGUACUUUGCGGAUGGAGCUUCUUGGGUGUGAAUUAUCAGGUUGCUCUGAACCUCUGGGGAUGAAAUCAGGACACAUACAGGAUUAUCAGAUUUCUGCUUCUAGCAUCUUCAGAACACUCAACAUGGACAUGUUUACAUGGGAACCUAGAAAAGCUCGACUAGACAAACAAGGCAAAGUGAAUGCCUGGACAUCAGGACAUAGUGACCAGUCACAGUGGCUACAGAUUGACCUCCUAGUUCCUACAAAAGUGACUGGUAUUAUUACUCAAGGAGCGAAAGAUUUUGGUCAUGUACAGUUUGUAGGAUCCUAUAAACUUGCCUACAGCAAUGAUAGUGAGCACUGGACCGUGUAUCAAGACGAAAAGCAAAAAAAGGAUAAGGUUUUCCAGGGAAAUUUUGACAACGACACUCACAGAAAGAAUGUCAUUGAUCCUCCAAUCUAUGCACGGCACAUAAGGAUCCUCCCUUGGUCAUGGUAUGGCAGGAUCACUUUACGGUCAGAGCUCUUGGGCUGCACAGAAGAGGACUGAUGAAGGAUCUUCACAGCACAACUCUUGAUAUUCCUAAAAAUAUCUCCAUAGAAGAAACUGUGCAAAACCUGUAGGAAGUUGAAUGGGUUUUUCAUGAACAAGUGCUCACUUUCUGGUAGGCCGUUAACUGUCUUUUGUAAGGAGGUCUAAGCCUGCCCGUAAAAUGUUCCAAUCUGAUUUUGUCCUUUUCAAUUGGUUCUAGUUAUUACUCUGUUUCGCUGUGGAAAUUACCUUUCAACUUUUCUUCUGAGUUGUUCACACUGGAUGAAAUAUGGUUAGGGAUGAAAAGCAGUAUCACUUUUGCAAGAAAGAUGAAAAUGGCAUGACAGAGUUCUAUUCAGAUUUUCAAAGGAACAGGCUGAUUCAUUGUUUCCAAACCCAGGCGGUCAUCUUACUUGCAAAAUGUGCUACUGCAGUUUUAGCAAUAAGUUUUCUCGGGGAUGACUGCAUUUGAUUGUUUCCCUUGUGCCUAUCAAGCAUUGUCAAGAUUAAUGACACUUCUUGGGAGAAUCUCUGUGGUCUGCAGUCCUCCUGAUGUUACAAACUACCUUUUAUCAUUUUCU